AUGCCAGAACUCAAGCCAUACAAAGGCGGCACAUACUAUCUCUGGGACUAUGUCCCGUCGAUGCCGGCCGCCAUUGUAGCCAUUGUCCUGUUUGGCAUUCUCACAUCCGGCGUCGUCUGGCGCAGCGUCUCCACGCGGACACGCUUCGCCAUUCCCUUUGCCGUUGGCGGAUUAUUCGAGCUUAUAGGCUACAUUGCCCGCGCCGCCGCCCCCGACAAGACCGACAACCUGAUCCUCUUCAUCAUCCAGAGCGUCUUCAUCCUCGUCGCGCCGGCGCUCUUUGCCGCGUCCAUCUACAUGGUGCUCAGCCGCGUCGCGCGGAGCGUGCACGGCGAGCGACACCUGGUCAUCCCGCCGCGGUGGCUCACGCGUGUCUUCGUGCUCGGCGAUGUCUUUUCCUUUCUCGUGCAGUCGUCGGGCGGCGGAUUGAUGGCGUCGUCGAGCUUCUCGCGCACGACGGCGCAAAAUAUCAUUCUCGCGGGCCUCAUUAUUCAAAUUGUGCUCUUUGGGCUGUUUGCCGUGACGACGGUCCUGUUCCACGUGCGGAUGCGGCGAUGGCCGUCGGCCGCGAGUGCCGCCGGCAGCGUCCCGUGGCAGCGCAUCCUGUUCAUGCUGUACGCGGCCAGCGUGCUCAUCAUGGUGCGGUCAGUGUUCCGCGUCGUCGAGUACGUCAUGGGCAAGGACGGCUACCUGCUGACGCACGAGUGGACGCUGUACGUGUUUGAUGCACUGCUCAUGGUGCUCACCAUGGGCGUCUUCGUGUGGUGGUACCCGGGUCGGCUGGCACCGCCACCGCACGCGUGGGAGAGCGUCGAGACGGGCAACAACGACUCGAGCGUGCGGCUUGACUCGGGGAUGGAAGAUUCGUCUCGCAAGCCAUCGCGGGGUCUGCAGAAGUAA